GGACUAUAGGAAAAGGACAUGGAUUCUUAUUUAUUAUUAAAGAGAAAAAGCCUCAAAUUCAUUAUUGAAGGAUGAAGUAGGUGGAAAUCUAUUUAUAUUUGUAACAUGAUUGGAGGCCUGUGACUUCCAGAUUGCAAAUCUACAUGCAUUUUUUACUUAGAUACAGUGUGGUGGAAAUCACAGACCAACAUUCUUAAAAUUAUUGUUUAUUGUUGUGUUUAUAGUUAGUCAAUAUCAUUAUUAGCCAACCCUUGUGCUAGAAUAGCCCCUGUUCUGUAUUAAUGCAUAGAAUAAACUGUUACUUCAAUGUAAUACACUCACAGUUGGCUCAUAUCCAAUAUGACUGCAUGAGGUGAUAUGCAUGCAACCUGUAUAAAAUGCAACAAAUCAAGUUUCAUUUAUUUUUAUAGUUUCAUUACUGCCAACUGGACAUAAUCCAAAUAGUCAAAUAUUAAGCUCAUCAUUUACAUGUGUACAAUACAAUUUUGGCUAUUUAUUUAAGCCAUGGAACUUUCUAUUCAUGAAAUUUCCACCAGAAAAAUCAGUAAAAAAUAAAUAAAUAAUAAACAUAAUAAAACGCAGACUAGCUCUUUGAGAAUCACUGCUUUACUAUAUUUGUACCCUGCUAAAAAAUAACAAUAAUAGAAACCCUCACAGAAUUUGUAAUGGUUUGUAAUGUAAUGGUUAUAAUGGAAACUGUAACGGUCUUCGUGGGACUCUACUGGUAAUUUGUAGCCUUCUGUUGGUGGCAUGUCGUGUCUAGUGAAUACCAUUAAGGACCGAUAAUGAUAAUGCUGAUGGUUUGUAAUGGUAUUUGUUGUGGUUUCUAUUCUUUUUUUUCCAACAGGGUAGUUAGGCAAUCAUUUUGUGGACGUUGCAGCUUUAAGAAAUUUAAUGACACGCCCACUUCCGGGUUGUUACUGAACCAUGCACUCUUUCUGAACAUCUUGCGAACUUUCAAUAGUAAAUAAGACGCUUUACAAUGAUUUGCAUUUUACUUGUUGCAGGUCAUGGUACUGUUUUAGAGACGCAGAUUAAGUAUGAUGUCACAGGCUUGUACACACAUCUAGCUGGGGUGCCAAAAGCAUUGCUACCUGGUGUUGGGGGGAAGAAAAUCCUAGAUUUUUGGUGGGAAACAGUCAACACGCGACAACUCUUCAGUGAAGUCUAUUUAGUCACAAAUGCAGAUAAGUACAAACAUUAUGAGCGGUGGGCAACUGCCAAUGACUUUCCAGUGGAGAACGUGGUGAAUGAUGGUAGCACCACUUUGGAGGAUCGGCUUGGGGCCGUCGCUGACUUGGAGUUGGUCAUCCGAAGCCGUCACCUUCAAGAUGACAUCAUGGUGAUUGCAGGAGACAUGCUUUGUUCUGACCAGAACUUUGACAUUGCUCAAGUUAUUCGUUUUUUUAGGUCUAAGUCUGGAGAUUUGGCUAUAUAUUAUGAGCUAGAAGAAGGGGAGAAAUGUUACUCCAGAGGCAUUGUAGAAGUAUGUCCAGAUUCUCAUAGGAUCAAGCGUUUCCUUGAGAAGCCACAGGAGGGCGUUACGGCAUCUCGUCUGGCCAGUGUGGUCUUCUACUGCCUCCGCAAAGAGACGCUAUCUCACAUCUCAGACUUCCUGCUCAAGCAGCCGGAUGUAGAAUACAGGACGUUCGGCAUGUUGUGGGAAUGGCUUAUAAAUGAAAAACAAUUGCCUGUGUAUGGAAUGAAGCUACCCACAGGGUUCCAGUUAAUUGGACAAGUGGGUCUGUCUGACUACACAAAAUGGCUUGCACACUACUCAACUAAACAGCAAGCGCUUCCAGCCAAACCCAUCACAUUCCGCUCUUAUGCCAGGGUUGGACUGAUGGGAAAUCCUUCUGAUGGCUUCAAUGGCAAAACCAUUGCUAUGACCAUCUCUAAUUUCUGGGCUGAAGUGACCCUAAUAGAAAGCCAGUCUUUGGUCCUCCUUCCUCAUCCACUGAAUGAUCCCACUGAGUUUGGCAGCCUACAGGAUCUGUUUCACAUCAGCCACAAAGAAGGGUAUUUGGGAGGGCUGAGACUGUUACAGGCCACCUGUAAGAAGUUUUAUCAGUUCUGCUCAAAUCAAGGCAUUGCUCUUACCAAGCAGAAUUUCACUCUAAAGUACGACACCAACAUUCCACGCCAAGUGGGCCUAGCUGGCAGUAGUGCAAUUGUAUCUGCUACCUUGAAGUGCCUGAUGAAAUUUUACAACCUCACUGAAGAUGAUCUUCCUAAACCAAUUCGAGCGAACUUUAUAUUGAAUGUGGAGACAGAUGAGCUCUUUAUCACAGCCGGGUUGCAGGACAGAGUGGUACAGGUGUAUGAGGGUUUGGUGUACAUGGACUUUAAUAAGGAGCUAAUGGACAAGCAAGGUUAUGGGGAGUACAUCUCUAUGGAUAUGAGCAGUCUUCCCACGUUUUGGUUAGCUUACUUGGGGGAUCCAAGUGACUCUGGCCGCAUUCAUAGCAAUGUGAGAGAGCGCUGGCUGAAGGGUGAACCUGAAGUGGUAGAUGCCAUGAAACGCUUCGCUAAUCUCACAGACCAGGCCCGGGGAGCCUUCGAAUCUAAGGACUGGCCCAGAUUGGCCCAGCUUAUGGAUGAAAACUUUGAACUGAGACGGUCUGUUUACACUGAAUCUUGUUUGGGCACAGGAAAUCUCAGAAUGGUACAAAUGGCGAGACAGCUUGGCUCUGCUGUGAAAUUACCGGGCAGUGGUGGUGCUGUAGUGGGCCUGUGUAUGGAUCCUGACCGAUUGGUGGAGAUGAAGAGAGCAUUCCAGGAGGCUGGCUGUGUUUUCUGCCUGGUUGUGCCCCACAGUCCAUCUUAAUGCGUGGGGUAUAAGUAAUUUUCCUAUGGACAACAUACAAUGAAUUAUAUUGCACUUCUGU